ACCCAGGGUCGGAGCUGGAAGUCCGGGGGGUUGGAGGGUCUGUAGGCAGAAGCAGGUUGGCUGGGAUCCGGAACAGUGUUAAGGAACAAUGCCAUUUGCCACUGGACCCCAUGGGAAAGGAGAAGGGGCCAGGUGGGCCUGGAAAGGUCCCCGAGCUCCUGGAGCUCUUGGAUAUGAUGCUGUCUCCUGAUAGCUCCACCGACAAACCCCGAUCCAGGGGCAGGCACAGAGACCCACCCCCUCCUAGGCCAGGCGGAGUGACUAGUCCCCCAGCCCAGGUCUACCUUAACUGGGCAGCUCUGUGGGCGGAGCGCGUCGCUGAUGCCAUCUGUGCAGACAGCAGCCCAGGCCGGACAGCAGACCGCCCUGCAGGCAGCACACACGGCCUCCAGCUUGCUGACCUGGCUCCCAGGCUGAGUCUGCCGCCCAGCACCAUGGUCCAGGGCACCCUGGAGCCCGAUGGCCUCGGCUGGGGCUGGGACGGGGAGGAUGACCGGGACGGCGCUGUCCUGACCCUGCUGGCGCUGGCUGUGGUGGGCGCCACAGCACUGGCCUUGCACUGGUUUGGCUCUGGGCAGGACCAGGAGGCAGCAGGACCCGCACCCACAACCCCCGGGGCCCAGCCUUCUCAGGCGGGAGGAGCCAGGCCAGCCCUGCCCCUGAAGUCCAAGGUCAGUGGUGGUGUCGAGGGACACAGCUCAGGGCAGGGGAAGUUAGACCCUCCGGGACGUGGCCAGAGGAGUAUGGCUGCACCAGGGACCCAGGAUCAGAAGCUCCGGGUAGCUGGAGGUUUGGCUGCCACAGCUCUACCUCCACUCAAGACACCUGGCGAGGUGACCCUUGGAGGGACCUUGAGGCAGCAGCAAGGUCAUGCCAGUGCAGGAGCCCCCCAAAGUCAAGGAAGGGAGCCUCUCAGGCCAGGUACUGCCCCCCUGGGUCAGAGCAAAGUAGGGGGGGUACCUGGCCCCAUCCUGAUACGCUUCACCCCUCGGAGUCCUGGCAGAGAGCUGGCAGGACGAGUGAAGGCAGGAGGCGUCCAAGUCAAGGUGCCAACUCACCAGAGCCUGCUCCCCAUCACAGAACAGGACACCAGUCCCUGGCAACAAGGUGCAGGGCGACCUGGCUCACUAGAGAGAGGCCCCGGCUGCCGGCGGUGGCAGGUGGACCCCAGCUCAGGAGAUAGGAACCGCCGCGUCCCACAGCUGGCCUCCCUGCGCCUGGGCGCUGUGGUGAGUGUGUGGGACGCUGUGGAUGCUGCCAGCAGCCUCGCCACAGGCUCUCAGAAGCCCUCUGCUCCCCGGGAGCUGCCUCCAUCACACCCCACACAGCCUGGGCCCCGGGCUGAGGGCAUAGAGAAGGGCUACAGGGAGAGCAUCCUCCAAGCAGCUCCUGUCCUGGCUCUGGAGAGCAGGGAGGCUCGGGGACCCCCAGCCCCCGUGGAAGGCUGGCCCUGGGAGAGGAAGGGUGUUCUUGUCACCAGGAGCACCAGCCAGGCCCCAGGCUCCACGGGCCCAUGGCCAGAGGGGUCUCCGUGUGGACACUCACUCUUGUCUCAAGGGCAGGGGGCCACAGACCCCAAUGACGCGGUAAAGGCGGGGGCUAAUGGCUCUGGAGAUGGCUCUUUCUUCAGCUCGGGACUGGGUGGGACACUGGAGCAAGCAGGCCACCAUGUCAGAGAAGGGGGAGAAUCCCAGCGAGGCCAGGGGGAGCAGAGCAGUGAGCAGAGAGGAGGCGGUGGGGACAGAGGAAAGUCCUCCACCAAGGCCACUGGAGGCGCCCCCUCCCUGAGUCCCUCAGCCACGCCCUCCCCACACAUCCCUAAGCCCCUUCCACCCUUGGCUUCCCCUCUGACAGCCCGUCAGCACGGAGGUCUCUUACCUGUAGGCCCUACUCUUCUGACCUCCUCUCCUUCAGACUCUUUGUCCCUCAGAGUUAGCCAUUGUCCUGCAGAGGAUGAAGCUCUCAGUGCAGUGCGAGCCCCAGCCCCCGCCCCCACCCCAGGCCCAGCCCCCGCCCCAGCCCCAGCCCCAGCCCCAGCCCCAGGCCCAGCCCCCGCCCCAGCCCCCGCCCCCACCCCAGCCCCAGCCCCAGCCCCAGCCCCCAGUAGUGGGUCAAGGCUUAUGACACAGGAGCACAGCGUGGCCCUCAAGGACAAGCAGGAGGGACAAAUCCCAACCAGCUGGGAAAACCUUAUUUCCAUGGUUCUUAGGAGUCACCCUUUCCCCAGGCAAGACAGACCCCAGGGGAGAGCCCCAAAGGCAGCUCUCGAGCGCCCUAGAGAUCCCAGCACUGGUGCGCCCUCUGAGAACAGACAGUCUGGUUCCCCGCCUGAAGGGGCCGCCCCCAGCCUGGAGCUCAGGGAAGGCUCCUCAGACGGACCGGCCACAGGGGCAGACGCGGGGGGCCUGGCUGAGGCGGGACGUGAGCAGCCGCAGAGCCGCGUGGAGACCGAGGAGGCUCCCGCUCCAGACCCUCCCUCAGGUCGGAGAGGCGAUGCCGUCGAGGAGAAGCGAGAAGACCCUGUGCCGCCCGGCGCUGCCAGGCCCCCGGCCGCCGCCCCGCGCCCCGAGCCCGAGCAGCCUGGCCCCGAGCCCUCCGCCCCUGGGAGGGGCGCCUGGCAGCCGGUCCCGCAGCCGCGGCGGCGCAGCGCGUGCGGAAGAGCCGAGAGCGCCGAGCGCGGGGUCGGCCCGGCCGCGCCGCGGAGACGCCCCGGAGAGGCUCGCGGGGAGCAGCCCCGCGCGGCGGGCAGCGGGGGGCCGUUCCCGGAGGCGCGGGAAGAAGCCGGGAAGCUCCCGGGGCUGCUGCAGAGGCCGGGGAGCCGGGGCCUGGCCCGGGAGCCGGCUCCGGCGGCCGCUCGGCCACCGCGGCUGGACCUGGGCAACUGCCUGGACGUCCUGGCCUUCGCCCAGCAGCACGGGGAGCCCGGCCUGGCGCGCGAGACCUACGAGCUGAUGAGCGACAACCUGCUGCGCGUGCUGGGGGACCCGAGCCUCUACCGGCAGCUGAGCGGGGCGGACCGCGAGCGCAUCCUGAGCCUCCGGACCGGCCGGGGCCGGGCGGUGCUGGGGGUCCUCGUGCUGCCCAGCCUGUACCAGGUGAGCCGCUCGGGGCUCGCCAGGGGCCCUUGCGGCGAGGAGGCUCCCGCUGCGGAGUCCGCGGCCCCGCCUCCCCGCCCGCACCUGCACGUGUUCGACGCUCGAGAAAACACCUGGCGGCCCCUGACUCAGGUGCCGGAGGAGGCCCCGCUGCGGGGCUGCGGCCUCUGCACCAUGCACAACUACCUGUUCCUGGCGGGCGGCAUUCGCGGCUCCGGCGCCAAGGCCGUCUGCUCCAACGAGGUCUUCUGCUACAACCCUCUGACCAACAUCUGGAGCCAGGUGCGGCCCAUGCAGCAGGCCCGCGCCCAGCUCAAGCUGGUGGCCCUGGACGGGCUGCUUUACGCCAUCGGUGGCGAGUGCUUGUACAGCAUGGAGCGCUAUGACCCGCGCACGGACACCUGGACCCUGCGGGCGCCCCUGCCCGCAGGCACCUUCCCUGUGGCCCAUGAGGCUGUGGCCUGUCGUGGGGACAUCUACGUCACCGGGGGCCACCUCUUCUACCGCUUGCUGAGGUACAGCCCUGGGAGGGACGCGUGGGAUGAGUGCCCCUACAGUGCCAGCCACCGGCGCUCCAGCGACAUGGUGGCGCUGGGAGGCUUCCUCUACCGCUUCGACCUGCUGCGCGGCGUGGGCGCGGCCGUGAUGCGCUACAACACCGUGACGGGCUCCUGGAGCCGGGCGGCCUCCUUGCCGCUGCCCGACCCCGCCCCACUCCACUGCACCACGCUGGGCAACACCAUUUACUGCCUCAACCACCAGGUCACGGCCACCUUUACGGUCUCUGAGGGGACUGCCCAGUUCCAGGCCAGAGAGCUGCAGCCCUUUCCUCUGGGGAGUAAGGGGGUGCUCUGUCCAUUCAUCCUGACUCUGCCUGCCACGGACCCACUGCAGACUGCCCUCUGAGCUGCUGCUCUCCACGGAGACCCUGGGACUGGGAGUCCACCAGCACCUGGGGCAUAGACUGCACAGCUGGGAUCCAGAACUUUCUGCCAUUGUUUCCGGGACUUUCCUUUUCUAUUAUAAGACUCAUGAUUUCCCCCUUCCAUAUCCCUCACCCCAUAAAAGAGAUUUCUCACCCUGGGAGCUGAGGCUCCUUGUACCCCUGAGCUCGUUGGGGCCGUCCCAAGCCUUUUCCCACCUCCCCCCACAGCAUGUUGUCUCCUGCCUUUAUGGCUCGGCUCUUGCCCUCACAGCUCAGUGGGCUCACACGGCCCCUCCUCCAGGACGGUUCUCCUCCUCUGGGCUCCGGCACCAGGCUCCCUCUUGCAGCGCUGCACUGUCUGGAAAAGCAUCUGUGGGUCUCCUGGGACUCUGAGAGUCAGGGACUGAUGAGGCGUCGUACUUAAGGACCAAGAUGUGGCUUGUGGAGGAGCUGAGCGACCACUGAGCAGAGCAAGGAGGUGGCUAGAAGCGCAGUCACACUUCCUGUAUUUUGUCCCUAGGGCCCCAAGCUGGACAAGGAGUCUAUAAGGGAGUGGGAAGGGGAAACAAGAAACAGAAAAGUCCUCAGGAAAAUGUCCUUGCGCCAAGCCCUGGGAGCCUGGCUUGGCUCUUCCUGGGAACAGCUCUAUAGCCUUCCUUCGUCUGACUGGUCCGCAGAGGCCUAGAACCCUUGUCUAGGAAAUGGUCCUGCUGACUGCAGCCCCCUCCUGGAAGCCUAGCCCAGGCCUGGCCAGGACCACUUGGGCUCGUGCCCCUCUGUGGGGCCUUUCCCACAUGCUCUGCCCCACCAGAAGUCAGCCUCGCUUCCCACCAACCCCCAUUCUUGCGUGAGACCCAAGUUUCCCCUGAGCUCCUUCUCUUGUUAGCAUGGACUUCGAAGAGACAUCUAACUUCAUUCUUCUCAUGUAUGAAAUAGGGAUAAUGAACAUAUUAUUAUGUGUCCCUUUGCCUAUUUUGGA